AUGUCACAAAACCACAACUAUCGUGUAGGUCAGCGGGUAUCGUUCCAAGGACAAUUAUGUACAAUUCGAUAUAUUGGAGAGGUCAAGGAUACAGAGAAGGAAUGGCUUGGGGUUGAAUGGGACGACCCUUCGCGGGGUAAGAAUGAUGGGAAAGGGUACUUCAAAUGUUUGAGUAAUGCACCGACUCCAGCAAGUUUCAUACGUCCCACCAGAAAACCAGAUCCCGAGCAAAGCUUUGUCGAAGCGGUAUUUCAUAAAUACGCUUCUGGAGAUGGCCUGAACCCGGACAAGCAGAUUGUUAUAUCGGGAAAGGUAGCAGAAGAGAUAGGAUUCGACAAAAUUGCAGAGCAACAGGCUCAGGUACAUGAACUCAAAAUUGUUCUGGUUGAUGGUCAGCGCAUCAAUAGGGCUCAUACUAGACUUCACGAUGCCUCCGCUACACAAGUGGUGGCUGGAACAGCGACUGAUCUUACAGUCGGAGAAGCAUGCCCAAGUAUUGUUGAACUUGAUUUAAGCAGAAAUCUGUUUGUAUCUUUAGAUGAGAUAGAAAACAUCUGUUCGCAGUUGAAGAAUUUGAAGACUCUAAGACUAAAUGGAAACCGACUAGAGCUUGAUACAAGCAGAAUGUUAAAUUCAAUCGUGUCAGUGUCCAGUGAGAAAGUUUUCAACAAGAUCAAGGCUCUGGAGGUAGAUUCAACAUUACUUGAUUGGAAUGAGCUUUGCAUACUCCUGCAAAGAUUCACUUCCACGGUAUCUCUGACGGCAUCCUCAAAUGGCUUUAAAAGAUUGAGUUCACCCAUCACAAGUCAUUCUCUGGCCUCUCUGACCCUUGAGUAUAAUGACUUCACAUCGCUGGCGGAUUUGGAGGUAUUGACUCAACUCACAUCCCUCGAAUCUCUACUUCUGAAAGGAAAUAAAAUACAUACAACGAGAACGAUGACAGGGCCAGGCGCCGUGAAGUCUUUCGCCCCCUUAGUCUUCAAUAAUAAGUUGUCAUAUAUCGAUUUAUCUUCCAACAAAAUCAACAGUUGGGAUUUCGUAGAUGAACUCGUCCAUAUUUUCCCUGGCAUGACGUCUUUACGAAUAUCCAAAAACCUAAUAUAUCCGGAAACAAGCGCCGAAUCGACAAUGGGAAGUCUCAACGAGGAAUUCAUGUUAACAUUAGCACGUCUUGGGAACCUUCAAAAAUUAAACUUUAGUGGCAUUACCCCCCAAGAUCGAAAUAACGCAGAAUUGUUCUACCUUUCUGAGAUAGGCAAGGAACUUGGAGCUGUGGACUCAGAGCAGGAAUCUACAGUUCUCUCUAAACACAAACGAUACAAGGAGUUGUUGGUGAGGAGAGAAAAGGCAGAGAUCAAUCCUGCAUUUUUAGAAGCACGUUUGAUCAAAUUUACAUUUUACGUUCCUGCAAACCCUGAGAUUGAUCAAAAGGAAAUCAGACUAGUGAAAGAGAUUCCUAAAGCAUUCAGCAUCUAUCGAGUCAAGGGGAUUGUCGGGAGGUUGCUGAAUCGUAGACCAUUGAGUUUGAAAUUUAUUUGGGAAACGGGAGAAUGGGAUCCCGUAGCAGGAUAUGAGGAUAUUGACGAGUAUGAUGACGAUAACGCUGUAGACGAUGCCAGAGAAGCUUUGGCUCCAGUUGGCUUGUCUGAUUUGAAUCAAAAGCAAUCCAAGAGAGAAGAUUCUAGCAUCGCAAUUGACAAAGCUGUUUUGCAAACGCAUGGGCAAGUAGAGGAAACGAAGGCAGGCAGAUUCAUGAAAAGAGAAGUGGAGUUGGAGGAUACAACGAAAGAUGUUGGUCUUUGUGUAGAUGGUAUGGAGGCUAGGGUUAGAGUGGAAUUCAAAGAUUCCAGAAAAUUCCCUGGCAGGGAAGAGUGA